AUAGGAAGUCAGGAGGGCGGGAUCAGGUCAGAGAAGCGAUGUUUUGUGUUCUGGCUCUGCUAAUGCGCAUAUUUACACGUUAUGAUCCGCUAUUAAAUAUUAAUUAGUUGUCGGUAAUUAUAUUCAAACACACGGUUUGUGUUUCUAACGUUUAAUUGGUUGAAGUGUCGUAAUGGAUGUUGUCUGAGGCGACCUGGAGACUCGUUCGCCAUGAGCCACCGCACCAUCCACCUGUUCCGCAAAGGCCUGCGCCUGCACGAUAACCCCGGCCUGCAGGGGGCGCUAGCCUCGUCCGCCGCGCUGUUCCCCGUGUUCGUGCUGGACCGCGCGCUCCUCGAGGAGACGACGCCCGUGGCCCCGACCCGCUGGCGCUUCAUCCUGCAGAGCCUGGAGGAUCUGGACGCGCGUCUGCGUGCGCUAGGCUCGCGGCUCUACGUCCUGCGCGGCUCGACGGCGACGGUCCUGCGCGACCUCGUGACCCGCUGGAGCAUCACGCAGAUCAGCUACGACACCGAGGUGGAGCCGUAUCACGCCCGCGUGGAGCGGGACAUACAAGCGCUCGCGGAGGAACGCGGACUGCAAACGCACACGUGUGUGUCGCACACGCUGUACGACGUCCAGAGGAUCCUUCAGGCUAAUGGCGGCUCUCCUCCGCUCACAUACAAGAAGUUCCUGUACGUUCUGUCAGUUUUGGGCGAGCCAGAGAAACCGUGCCGGGACAUCAGCGCUGAGGACUUCCUGAGAUGCCCGACCCCUGCGGAUCCCGAGCUGGCGUACGGCGUCCCGUCUCUGGCCGAUCUGGGGCUGGAGGUUCAGUCGGACACACUGUGGCCCGGCGGAGAGACACACGCGCUCCAGAGGCUCCACACACACUUCCAGAGUCAGGGAUGGGUGUCGAGCUUCUCCAAGCCGCGUACGGUGCCGAACUCUCUCCUGCCCAGCACUACAGCGCUCAGCCCGUACCUGAGCCUCGGCUGUCUGUCGGUGCGCUCCUUCUACCACAGACUCGCCAGCGUCUACGCACAGUCGAGGAACCACUCGCUGCCGCCCGUGUCUCUUCAGGGCCAGCUUCUGUGGCGCGAGUUCUUCUACACCGUUGCCUCCGCCACGCCAAACUUCACCAAGAUGGAGGGGAACCCGAUCUGCCUGCAGAUCCGCUGGUACCACGAGCCCGAGUCUCUGGAGAAGUGGAGAACCGCCCGCACCGGGUUCCCCUGGGUGGACGCCAUCAUGACCCAGCUGCGGCAGGAGGGCUGGAUCCAUCACCUGGCCCGACACGCCGUCGCCUGCUUCCUGACCCGGGGAGACCUGUGGAUCAGCUGGGAGGAGGGCAUGAAGGUGUUCGAGGAGUUCCUGCUGGACGCGGACUACAGCUUGAACGCUGGGAACUGGAUGUGGUUGUCCGCCAGCGCGUUCUUCCACAAGUACACCAGAAUCUUCUGCCCGGUGCGCUUCGGUCGUCGGACUGACCCUCAAGGACAGUAUCUGAGGAAGUACCUGCCCGUGCUGAAGAACUUCCCCUCUCAGUAUAUUUAUGAGCCGUGGAAAGCGCCUAAAGACGUCCAGCUCAGCGCCGGCUGCAUCAUCGGUAAGGACUAUCCUUGUCCCAUGGUGUGCCACACAGAGGCGAGUCAGAGGAACCUGGGUUUGAUGCGUCAGGUGCGCACGGAGCAGCAGAAAACGGCAGAACUCACGCGAGAUGUGACAGAUGACCCGAUGGAGGCGGGGCUUAAGCGUGAGUUGCAGGAGGAGGAGGAGCUUCUAGAGGGGGCGGAGCCACAUCGCAGGUCGAAACGUUUGAGUGGCAGCGCUGAUCAUAAGUCCCGCCCCUCCAGCUGGACGCCAGAGACUGUGCGGCUCAGCGAAGAUGUCACAUGACUGUACUCGAGGAUCAUGUGACAUACCGAAC